AUGAGACCGCUUCGUCCUUCGCUCCGUUCGCCGCAUACUUCCGGUAAACGGGUAGCCCAGCAGAUACGGCAUUUCCAUCCCACGAGGCCAUCUCCUUUUAUUAAUGAAGUGCUGGACGUUUCGUCGAGUUUCAUUCAUGCUGUUCAUUCGAUCAGUGGCCUCCCAUGGGCCUUGUCCAUCCCAUUGACCGCCUUGAUCGUCCGAACCUCCGUUGCGAUGCCGCUGCAGAUGUACACCAAAGUCCAAGCCCGCAAGGAACGAGAUCUAGCCCCGCUACUUCAUUCAUGGAGGAAACAUUUUCAAGCGCAAAUCAAAAAGCGUGUUGAUGCCGAGAAUGAUAACCCAAUCCUCCCGAGAGAGGCAAUCCGAGAGUUGGCGACAAAGGUCAAGGCAAAGCGGAAGGAACUGCACAAGCGAUGGAACGUGCCCCGAUUCUGGAAACCUGCCAGCUUCCUGCAGAUACCGAUAUGGAUCUCAGUUAUGGAGAGCCUCCGAGCCAUGUCUGGGAACAACAAGGGUCUUGUACCGUACCUCCUCUCCCUGGUUGAACCGUCCUCCACAGAGCCAAGCACCGCGGUUCACCUGGCGGUCGAACCGUCGCUGGCCACUGAAGGAGCUCUCUGGUUCCCCGACCUCUUGGCUGGAGACUCAACUGGCAUUCUUCCAGCUGCACUCACUCUGUCAAUCAUACUCAACAUUCGUGCUGGGUGGAAGGCUCCCUCUCUUUCUGACAUGGCUGACUUACCGCGGAUCGAGAUUGCAAAGAACCUGACUGUGCGUGGUAUCAGGGUACUGGUCCAGGCACUUGCCUUGAAUAUUGGCGUCUCGUCCUAUCUGUACGAGAUGCCUUCUGCGCUCAUGAUAUACUGGAUAAGCAGUACGAAUAUUGCUACUUUGCAAACUUUCUUACUGGAGAGGUACAUGUUGUCAAAGCCACUCCUAGAGCCCUGGAGACAGAUUCAUAUCGGCUAUCCUCAACUAGGUGAAAAGACGUCUUCGCUGAAAAAAUGA